AUGACUGGGACGUUGAAGACGUUGUGUUUUGAUUUUCCUACCAAGAAAAAGAUCUUUGAAUGCAAGCAUUGCCCAAAACAGUUCCAAAAACCAAGUCAACUAAAACUUCAUGUCUAUACCCAUACUGGCGAAAAACCACAUAAAUGUCAAGUUCCAAAUUGUGGUAAACACUUUUCGAUCCUAAGUAAUCUACGUCGUCAUAUCAAGAUC